GCAGCAUCUGUGAAGGAGAAAACAAGAGUUAACGUUUCAGGUAACAUUGAAACCAACCACAACAUGCCCCCGUCUCACAAGUCCAGCAACAAUCUGCUGCGCACCAGCCUCGACCUGUAUGCCAACGUGAUCCACUGCCAGAGCCUGCCAGGCGUCCAGACCAGGCACCAGGGGGUCGACAUCCUCAUCAUCCGGGAGAACACCGAGGGAGAGUACAGCAACCUGGAGCAUGAGAGCGUGGCUGGAGUGGUAGAGAGCUUGAAGAUCAUCACCGAGCACAAUUCUAGACGGAUCGCAGAGUAUGCCUUUGAGCUGGCCCGGGCCAGAGGGAGGAAGAAGGUGACUGCUGUGCACAAGGCCAACAUCAUGAAGCUUGCAGAUGGCCUGUUCCUGCACUGCUGUAAGGAGGUGGCACAGCGAUAUCCAGACAUUACCUUCGACAGCAUGAUCGUAGACAACACCACCAUGCAGCUCGUCUCGAGACCCCAGCAGUUCGAUGUCAUGGUGAUGCCAAACCUCUACGGCAACGUAGUGAGUAACGUCUGUGCUGGCCUCGUUGGGGGACCCGGGCUGGCACCUGGCGCCAACUACGGAAAGGAUUACGCCGUCUUUGAGACGGGAACAAGGAACACUGGGAAAAGUAUCGCCAACAAAAACAUUGCAAAUCCUACCGCUAUGCUCCUGGCCAGCUGUCUCAUGCUCGACCACCUCAAGUAGGGAGCUCAUUACAGACUGAAUCUAAUCGAGGGGUU